UGUCCAUUGUAGAAAUAACAUAAUGCCGGCCGCUAUCAUUAUGUAUGUCUAUGUAACAAAAGUUGACCGAAUAUAAAUUAAUAUAAAAUAUUGAGUGCAAACAAUUUUAAUAAAUUAAAAUUAACAAAAAAACGCAUUUAUUUUAAAGUUCAAACAAUAAAAAAGAAAUUUCAAGAAAGGAAAGUAAAUUGAUUGUGUCGUCAAGUUGCAUAAAAGCGGAACACCGGAAUUGGAAUUACAGACAUCAUGGCUGAAAUUGUGAACAUGUUGAGUGCUAACUAUAGCGCGCGAUCAGAAUUUUCAGUAAUUUAAUAACUAAAUUUUGUUCAUUGUGCUUUUUUUUACGAAUUUUGUAUGUUUCACAUAUUUCUUAUACAUUUUUUAACAAUAAGUUGUUUGAAAUAAAUACGAAGAUAUCAUGUCUGAAACAAAUGAAAUAGUGGAGAAGCUUCCACCAGAGACACCACUGCCAAAGCCAUUAGGUGAGAAGAAAUUAACCGCUGAUGUCUCUGUGAAUGAAUCAAAAAAAGAUUCUGACAUUUCAAUGCUAGAAGAUGAGGAAAUGCCAACAUAUAGCACCAUUUCCAGUUCAACAAAGCCUAAUAAUUCAGUUACAAAUUACAAUCAAAGAAAUGUUCCUAUGGAAAAAAGUCGCUCUCAAAGUCCAGAACCAAGUGAGGAACAGGAUAACGAGGAUAAUGAAAGUGUAUACGUCGUUUCAUCUACUCCAGAUACUGAUCGCAAUUUUGAUGAUAUUGAUGAUGAAGAAGAGGAAGGAGAUUAUGAUUCAGAAGAAAUGAAUGAUGAGGAGGAGGAUGAUGAAGAUGAUGAUGACGAGGAUGGCCGUGAAGAAUAUUGUCGAAAGCGUUUCGAAAGAGAAUCGGAUGAUUCUGAUCAAGAUCGAUUUGAAAGAGCUUCAGAUGAUUUUGUACUUCGUCAUAAUAAUAGUUUAAAACAAUAUUAUAAAGAGAGAAGUCUAUCUCUACAAGAUUUAACAACAGCAGAUGUUCGUUAUAAUCGAAGGCAAAACUUUUCACGUCAUCAUCAAUAUUAUGCCGAUCAACCUGUAUUCAAACCAAAUGUUUACAGUCCCUAUGCUCUUAAUUCAAAACCAUAUCAAGCGAUUGAUAGAUAUGAAAAUAAUGAAAGUAAAGUCAAGCGUUAUAUUCAAAAUAUAAAAGAACAGGGAAGACUAGCUAAUGUUCAAAAUCAUGCUAAUAUUAGAGAUUUCAAGGAAAAUAAUACCAAACAAAUUGCUACAGGUGGAAAACAAAUAAAGGAAUAUGCUGAAAAUGUUAUAAAAAAAUUAGAACAAGAUGAACUUUGCGAAAAUCAAGUUUCAACAUAUGCUACAUUAGAGCGUGUGGAAAAUCCAGAGGAACAAUCUUUAAAAUUACCCACAAAAAGUGACUCAACUGAUAUGCAUAUUCCUAUGGAAGUUGAUAAUUCUCAGAUAAACACAAAAUGCAAUAAGUAUAAAAAAAUUAAUGGAAUCAUUGAAUUUGAUGAAGAGUCUGAAAUUACUUGUACACCAAUUCUCAAAGAAGAACUAACUAUAAAUCAAACAAGUGAACAAAUAAAUGGUACUGAACUUACAAAAAAUGUUAUUAAUCUCAGAACAUUAAGUUAUGAAGAAUAUAUGCGAGGUGCUUCUCAAGUCGAUGAAGAAGAUGAAGUUUAUGUUGAUGACGGUAGACGUCAUGAUGAUCAUGAAGAUGACGAUGAAGAUAGUGGAAAUAAUGAUGAUGAUGAUGUCGAGGAAGAUGAUGAUUCAGAGAUAAAAUCAACAGAAAUUUGUUUAAUAUCACCCGAGAAAACUCCAUCCGAUACAUUAAAUGUAAAACAAACUUAUACUAAUGCCACCGAUUCGAUAAAAGUAACAAAUGUUAAAUUAAAUUUUAACGAUAUGAAAUGUGAUGAAAAAUACAAAGAUAAAAAUCACAUUAAAAUGAUAAAUCAAUCAACAGAAACAAAAGCAGAAAAUGUCGAAUUGAAAAAAUUACAAACAACUCUCACCGAAAGAAAUAUACAAUUUGAAAAUUUAAAAAUUGCUUAUCAAAAAACAUUACAGGAAAAUUUCACCAUGAAACAAGAAAUUGAUAAUUUAAAGAAAACUGUAAAAAAAUACGAAGAAUAUAAAAGUCGAGUAACAAAAUCCACUUCUGUGCAAACUGAAAAAUGUGAAAAUGAAAAUUCAGAGAAAAUUAACGAUAGAAAUAAACUAUCAAAUAGUGAUACUAAAAGUCAAUGGUCAGAAAGUGGUUUCAGUCCAUCAAUUUCAAAUGAUAUACCAAAAAUUAUAAAUACCGAUGAGAGUAAAAGUGUAUUUGAAAAAACAAAAAAUCCACCACUUUCCCGUGCUUUUAUUACUUCGUCACGUAUUCUUCAAACACUUUCAAAUAUAACUAGAAAAAUAUCGACUAAUUUAGAUCAGAAAAAUCAAGUAUCAUUUUCCGAAGAUCCAUCAUCAUCUGGAACACCAAUAAAUUCAAAGAAACGCAAAGCAACUGAAAUGCUUGGUGAACAACCAUUUAAAAUACCUCAUACUUCUGGUUCGGUACGAAAGAAAAUAAAUCAAGAUUCACAAAUGAAUGGAAUAUCCCCCGAAAAUGAAAAUUAUACAGAGAAUAGAAAUAAUUCUGAAGGAGAGAAAAAAGAGGAUGAAAUAGAAGACGAAGAAAAAGAAGACGACACGACGAAAAAUGAUUUAGGCGAAAAUUUGAAGUACUACGUUUAUCACGAUGAGGAGAACAGUAAAGAACGUAGUUUUCUUAUUCAAGCAGAAGAAACUGGAAAAAUUCCAAAUAAAGGAAGUGUACGCGAAUGUGGACCAUAUCUUUUGGGAAAUAUGGAAGUUCGAAUGACUGAAGUCAAUGGCACAAUUAACAUCUGGGGCAAAGAGAUUAAUGUCGAUUCGACAGAAGAGGAAUUAAAUUCAACUGAAAAAUCAACUGAUAAAUCAGCUGAUCUAAAAUCAAGUUUUUGCUGGCAAAAAACACCACAGACAAAUCUAUUAAAUAGGAGUUAUACAUCAUCAACAAACAAAAAAUUAAAAUCACAGUCACGUUUUAACGAUUCAAAUAUUUCUAAAUAUUCCUAUUUCUCUGAUAAUAAUAGUAUUCCAAAAUAUUCACCUGAUAUUUUUCAUCAUCGAAGAUAUUCAAUUGAUAACAAUUAUAAUUCUCGUCCACAACGAUUAUCAUGGUCUGGUUGUAAACAUUUAAUGGAAGAACAAAAACAUGUCUAUCAUUCGCAACACAAUGAUUUAGAUUGUACACGAUGUAGUUGUAAUAAUCAACAUAAUCAUCAUCAUCAUCAUCAUCGUGUAAAAAAAUGUGAAUGUCAUUCAUGCAACAGAAUACAAGGAUGCAACAGUGAUAAUUAUCGUAGACAUUCCUUUUCUGGUGAUUUAAAUAAAUUUCCCAUGGAUAAUCAAUGUUUAAAUCAUCAUUGUUUAAAAUCAGAGAACGAUGAUGUUUUCAAAAAUAAAUUCGAUCAUUGUCAAUCUAAUGACAAGGAGGAGAAUUGUCAUCAUUUUUCAAGACAAUGUCACUCAUCAAAAGAAAUUACACAUUCCUGUAAUAAUAAAAAUAAUCCCAUUCAUUCCGAAUGCAGAGGUAAUAAUUGUUGUCGAAAUUCCAUCAAUCAAAAUGAUGAUGAUAAUGAUGAUGAUGAUUUUAUCUCUGCUCAACAAACACUUGAACAAAUUGAGGUUCAAAAAAAACAACUCAGCGGUAAAAAAGUACGAACACUUUUAAUGGAUUUAUUAAAAGGAUGUGGAGAUUUUCGAACUCCAAAUACGGGAAAAAUCAAUAAACAACCAAACACUGCUGGUCGUGAUUUUAAUAAACCAGAGAUUAUUGUCACUCCAUGUACACCACGAGCUUCCUAUUCAAAUCAAUCACAGUCGAUGGAAAAAAACAGGUGUUGUGACACUUGCUCACGUCGAACUGAAGUGACAGCUGAAAUUGAAGCCCAAUUAGAAUUUUUUCGUAUUGAAAUGGAAAGAGUACGCUCGCGUUCUGAUGCUCUACUGGAUAAGCUCAACAUGCUGAAGUCCACAGAUAAUUAAAAAAAAAUCGAUUUUUCUGUUAACGUGCAUUUUUUUAUGUAUAUAAAACGCUUUCAUUUUUUUUAUGCAAAAAAGUAAAUUUAAUUUCUUUUUAGUUUCUAUUUGCGUUUAUUGCAAUGGUAUGUAGUAAACACUGGUGAAUUUAUUAAUAAAGCGUUCACAUGUCUGUAUUCUA